AGUCCUGUAUGUUUUGCGUUCAUAGUUUACUCUUCGUCCUCCUGCGAUAUGGUCUAUAACGCUGCUGAAUUCUAAUGCUGUUCUUGUCUUUUUUUGAUCAGAGAUGGGCCGACGAUGGUGUCAGAAGCGAGUACGUGCGAGUCGCAGAGCCAUCGCUUCAAGGGGACGUGUGUGAGCAAAUCUAACUGCGCCUCCGUUUGCCAGACCGAAGGCUUUCCCGACGGUCACUGCCGCGGCUUCCGUCUCCGAUGCUUCUGCAGCAGACCGUGUUAAGGAUGGGGUCCACACUUGUAUUGGGAUUCGGGGUCGAGGAAAAGUGACGCAUCAUCCAUCACUUUUUCCUCUCACGAAGUCCAUCGUGUCGUGUUUGUGUUUGAGAGUAAUGUUAUUUUGACCCUCUCCGUAGUUUGUCUGGUCUUAGAUUUCACUGUGUUUUGAGGUUUCUCAGGUUAAGAAUGGCUAAUGUUGUGGAAGUGAUGGAUAAUAAUAAUUAAUAAUGGACUCCUUUCCUUCGUCAA